CCUUGUGACAAAAAGUAGGCGAAAGGCAAAUGAAAUUUGUUGUUAUUUUUAGUUUCAAUACGACAAUUUCCAAAGUAGUAGUUGAAAAAUUUUUAGUUAGUUCAAAGGAUAUCCAAAGUUAUAGCCAUGGAACUCCGACGUUUGCAUCCGCUUUUACGUCUGCCAUUUCGUCCACUUCUGACCUUUUGCCGAAAGAUAAAUCUCUAUGACGAUGAAAUGGAGCAGGUGGCUCGACCCGAUUGGCAUCUCGUUAUGGAUGGAAGACACAAUAAGGGUCUUGCCUUCUCGAUUGAGGAACGGCAACGUCUCGGCAUUUUGGGUUUAAUGCCGUGCACCGUGCGAUCUAUGGAAAACCAGAUGAAGGCGGCUGCUACCAACUUUAAGGCCAGAACUUCUCCUAUUGCCCAGUUUUCCUAUCUGAAUGCAGUUCAUCAUCGACACAGGCGUCUUUACUAUCGUUUCGUUAGGGAGAACAUCGAAGAGGCACUGCCCAUUGUUUAUACCCCAACGGUGGGUGAUGUGGUUGCCACCUAUGGAUUGAACUUCCAGCAUGCCUCAAGUAUGUUCAUUAGCAUUUACGACAAAGGUCAUAUCAAGGAUGUGCUGCACAAUUGGAUCGAAAACGAUGUGAAAGCCAUAUGUGUGACAGAUGGUGGAAGGGUUCUGGGCUUGGGUGAUAUGGGAGCCAAUGCCAUGGGCAUUAGUUUGGGUAAAAUGGUCUUGUACACGGCACUAGGUGGCAUUCCACCAAGUUCCCUAUUGCCCGUUUGCCUGGAUGUGGGCACGGAUAAUGAAAAUCUGCUGCAGGAUCCUCUCUAUGUGGGUGCACGGAUUCCCAGGGUUAAGGGUGCAGAGUACGAUGAACUGGUGGAUGAGUUCAUGCAGGCGGCCAUAAAAUGUUUCGGACCCCAUACCUUUAUUCAUUUCGAGGACUUUGCCACGCCGAAUGCCCUGAAGUUCUUGGAUAAGUAUCAGUACAAAUACUGUUGCUUCAACGAUGACAUCCAGGGAACUGGUGCCACUGGCCUGGCGGCAUUCAUCAAUGUGGAACGCAUAACGGGGAUUAAGUUGGAGGAUACUGUGUUCGUGUUCGUGGGUGCAGGGAGUGCUUCUCUGGGUAUAGCCAAUAUGCUGAUAAUGGAACUGGAAGUUAGGGGCUUGUCACCUGAGGAGGCAACCAAAAAUGUUUAUCUCAUGGAUGCCAACGGCGUGGUGACGGAGGAUAGUCCAAAUCCACCGGCGCAAGCCAAGAGAUUUUUGAAAUCCAUGGAACCUAUCAAGGAUCUCAUGUCAGUGCUGGAUAAGCUUAAGCCUUCUGUACUUGUUGGAGCCACUGGUGUUGGCGGAAUUUUCACUGAAGAAGUGCUGAAAACUAUGGCUAAGAACCAUGAACGUCCAGCGGUCUUUGCCCUCUCGAAUCCAACCUCUAAUUCGGAGUGCACCGCCGAAGAGGCCUUCACACACACUGAGGGUCGCGUUCUCUUCGGUUCCGGUUCACCUUUUCCUCCCGUGGUGAUCAAUGGCAAGCGGUUCACCCCUACGCAGGCCAACAACUGCUUAACUUUUCCUGGCAUCGCAUUGGCUGCCAUUGUUACCAAGGCAAAGCACCUGCCUAAUGAAGUAUUUUCCGUUGUGUCCCAUGAGCUGGCCAACAACACUACAGAGGAGCAACUGGAGCAAGGCACCCUGUUUCCAACCAUCAAAGAUGCCAGCCAGGUGGCCUUCAAUGUGGGCGUAGCCACGGCUCAAUAUCUGUUUGAUAAUGAUCUUUCCAAUUUCAAUCCCAAGCCCGAAGAUGUCUGUGAAUUUGUGAAGAAAUCCCAGUACUCCUUCGAGUACCGCAACUCCCUGUCACCCACUUGGACUUACCCAAAGCAACCACAGGCACCGAAAACGAAACCUAAACCUGAGCCCGAACCCAAGGAGGAGAAGGAAAAGUGAACUUGAACGGAUUUCUUUGUAUUUUUAUGAAUGUUACUGACUUGUUUUUAAGCUGAAAAAGAAACUUGUGUAAUUAGUUGGAAAAACAAAAA